AUAGUGCAGGAUAAAUAUAAGGCUAUUUCUGUACUUGAAAUGCCUUGCAUUAAAUCAAAAGUUGGUGGCCUGCUUGUAUUACCAAAUAUAGAUGACCAAAAAUCCAUGUUGGAAUUUUUUAUUAAGAAUUUACCAGACUCUGCUAUUGCAAAACAUUCGAAAGGACGUGUCAAGAAUGAUUUGGAAUUUAUUGAAAAUGAGAAUGAUAUAAGCAUGACCAAAGCCAUCAGUUUGGAUGAAGUAGGCAGUGAAAUUUUAAAUAAUGCCGCACAGUCUGUUGUCUUAAUGGAAAUUGCCAAUUUAAAGAUUAGUUUUUCAAGUUGCUGUGAAACUCUUUAUCAGGGUAUUAUGAACGAAAAGCAGGACCUAUUAUUCAACCUCGAACAAAAUUCACACGAAUGGCAUGAAGCCAGAAAAUAUAGAAUUACGGGUUCUAGAUGUUAUGAGAUCUACACCUAUAAAGGAAUGGAUUGGGACAUGAAAAGUAAAAAGUACUUUUGGCCAAAGUCCUUUACCAACAAGUACAUAAAGCAUGGGCAAAUGUAUGAAAAACCAGCGAGGGAGUGUUUUGUAUCUAAAACGGGUUAUAAGGUGAUAGAAUGUGGUAUGAUAACAUCUCCAGAAAAUAAAUGGUUAGGCUUUUCUCCAGACGGUGUGGUGUUAAAUACUGAUAGGAAGCCAAUAGCACUAUUGGAAAUUAAGUGUUUAUAUUCAGGUAUCACAAUGUCCAUUGAAGAUUCCUUACAAUCAUGUAAUUUUAUUUUAAAAGCAAAUGGAAAAUAUAUGCUAAAGGCAAAACAUAAAUACUAUGGACAGGUUCAACUAGGAAUGAGCAUACUUAAUUUACAAAAAUGUUAUCUGUGUUUAUAUGCCUCUUAUGAUGACAAUUGUGUCAUAAUGGAAGUGGAAUAUGAUUAUACAUUUUCAAGAACAAUGUUGGAAAAAAUUAAAAACAAUUAUUUUUGUAAAAUGUUACAUUCAGUAUGUGAGGAUAAAUAG